GAGAGAGGGGAGUGGAAGCGAAGCGCGCGCGUGUGCGCGCCAGGGAGAGGGGCGCCCGUCCCAGGCGCCGAGCCCUCGCACCGGGGCGUCGCACUCACAGCCACCCACCGGCAGCGCAGAGCCGGCGAAGAAGCGACCUCUCCAGGCUCUGGGCUAGGCGCGCUUUCCGGAGUCAAGCCUCGCCGCGGCCCGAGGCGGCUGUAGGGCAGGAUGGGCGGCUGGUCUCCCGCUCCAAUGCUGCUGCUCGCCGCGCUCGCCGCCUUCGCUCCGGCCGCCGCCAGUCCGCACGAAGACGACGACGGCCUGAUGGGCGCCCUCGCUUUCGAGGAGGAGAAUCAGACCGAUGCCGGGAAAGGCAGGAGCGGGUUCGCCGCUUUCCACAGGAGCAAUAAGGAUGCAUGGCGUUUGCCUGGAUAUUAUAUUGUGGUGCUUAAAGAGGAAGGUCUUAAACUUCAAACAGCUCGAACUGCCAAGCAUCUGCAAGCAAGAGCUGCCAAGCGUGGCUACCUAACCAAAAUCCUACAUGUGUUUGAGGAGUUAUUCCAGGGCUUUGUCGUGAAGAUGAGCAGUGAUCUGCUGCACAUGGCUUUGAGGCUUCCACAUGUGGAUUACAUAGAAGAGGACUCGUACGUAUUUGCUCAAAGUAUUCCCUGGAACCUUGGUCGAAUAAUCCCAGAGCAGUACCAAUCGAAUGAGUACAAUCCUCCCAAUAAGGGUGAUCUGGUUGAAGUUUAUUUGCUAGAUACUAGUGUUCAGAGCAACCACCGGGAAAUAGAAGGCAGAUUGUUUGUGACUGACUUUGAGAAUGUCCCAGAGGAGGAUGGUACUCGGUUUCAUCGGCAGGCCAGUAAGUGUGAUAGCCAUGGGACUCAUUUGGCUGGAAUUGUAAGUGGAAGAGAUGCUGGUGUAGCCAAAGGAGCCAGUGUUUGCAGCCUCCGAGUGCUGAAUUGCCAGGGGAAGGGCACUGUGAGUGGCACUCUGAUAGGUCUAGAGUUUAUUAAAAAGAACUUGGCAGCCCAGCCCUACAGACCUCUGAUCGUGUUGCUGCCCUUGGCUGGUGGCUACAGCCACAUCUUGAAUGCAGCUUGUCGCAUGAUGGUGCAGAUAGGGGUUGUGAUAAUUGCUGCAGCAGGCAACUAUAAAGAGGAUGCUUGCCUGUAUUCACCAGCAUCAGAAUCAGAGAUUAUCACUGUUGGGGCCACCAAUGCCCAGGAUCAACCUGCUUCCAUGGGAACCUUGGGAACCAACUUUGGCCGAUGUGUAGAUCUGUUUGCACCAGGAGAUGAUAUAAUUAGUGCCUCUAGUGACUGCAGUACCUGCUUCACAUCGCAGAGUGGAACAUCCCAAGCAGCUGCACAUGUAGCAGGGAUAGCAGCCAUGAUUCUGAACUCCAACCCUGCUUUGUCAGUCUCUGAGUUGAGGCAGAGGCUGAUCCAUUUCUCCAUCAAAAAUCUUAUCAAUGAGGCUUGGUUUCCUGAAGACCAGAGGCUGAUCACCCCCAACAGAGUGGCUGGCCUCCCCUCCAAACUCACAGCAGGUGAGCAACUCUACUGCCGCUCUGUGUGGUCAUCCAUAUCUGGUUCCACUCAUUCAGCGAUAGCAGUUGCCUGCUGCAACGGCAACGAAGAAAUGUUCAGCUGCUCAAGCAUCUCCAAAAAUGGCAAGCGACGAGGCGAGCACAUUGAGGAUCAUGGAGGCAGAAAGGAGUGUGUGGCUCAUAAUAAGUUUGGAGGCCAAGGUGUUUAUGCUGUAGGCAGGUGUUGCAUUUGGCCCAAAGCUAGCUGCCAAGUUAACACCCACUCACAGACUGCAACGGAUACAGCAGUGAGAAGUGUCAGCUGCACUAGGAACAGACAUAUUUUGACAGGUUGCAGCUCCUAUUCUUUGGAUCAAGAUUUCAGUGAAACUAUCAGACCUGUACUAAGGACAGAUAGCAACUAUGACCAAUGCAUAAGUCAGGCAGAUGUGACUGUACAUGCUUCAUGCUGCCAUGCACCUAGCCUUGAGUGCAAGGUACAAGAAUACUCACCUGUGGCCUAUACAGCAAAGGUGAUGGUGACUUGUGAUGAUGGCUGGAUGCUGACAGGGUGCAGUGCAUAUUCUCAUGGUCCCAAUACAUUUGGUGUGUACUCCAGAGACAACACCUGUAUAGUAAUGAGCAGCCCAAAUGGCAAAGGAGCAAUAGCUAUUGGCAUCUGCUGCAGGAGACGACGCUUGGAUAACGAAAAUCACAGUCCCAAUUAUAAAUGACAUUUCUACUACACUUAGGACCUGUUUCAACGUUAUGACAUGAAACUAUAGAAAACUAUCCCAUAUCACCACUCUUGUGAGCUUUCCACCUCUCCCAGUUAUGCCUGAAGAAAUUAUCCUUCAUAGGUGGGGUUCUAAGGCAAGCUAGAAAGUGACUGUGGUGUCCUGAAUGUUUAUACUGAGUACCAUAUUAAUAUAAAAUUUAGACCCUAAUCCUACCCUUGAUGCCAUACCGUUAUGUGGAGAUGGGUCUAAUGGUUAGUAUCAACACAAAAAAUAACUUUGGACCAUGAGAUUUAUCUGUACUACAGUUGUCUGCUGCACUGCUAAUACCUUCUAGAUUUUUAAAAUGUAUGACUUGGUGGCAGCUGUCAUUCUUAAACAAUGUCUGUUCAAUAUAUCCAAAUCAGUAGGGUAUCAGACCAAUAAUGUUCAUAUAUCCCUUAAUUCUCAUAUGAACCAUCCAAGGGAGCAGCUUGACUUAAGAUGGUGUGGAUAGACUCAAAAGAAUGGAAACAAGCAUAUAUAAUUUAUUUUUUUCUACUUCCAAAAUAUUUCAAAAACUUUUACAAAGUCUUUUAACAGGGUGCAGGGAUAAAGAAUAGGAGCAAGAUGUAGCAACAACAAAAACUUUUAUAGGAAACUGAAGCUUGGUCCCAGCUGCUGCUAUUUUGUAUACAACUAAAGGCAAGAUCAAUUAACGUUUUAAAUUCUUCCCUCAACACCAAGUUCCAUGUAUAUUCAAAUGUAUUUUUGAAAGCCCUGACCAUAGUUUAGAAAUUCCUGUAUUGCGUCUUCAGUGUUUUUAGUUAUUUCCAUGUUAUAGUUAGUUCCUAUGUAUAGCAGCACCUCCCAGCCUCAAUCUAGCCUACAAUCUGUUUUAUGAUUAUCCACCUCAUGCACAGGGAGCUUCACAAGGUUGUCAGCACUAAAAUAAACGAUACAGGAGCAGCCAGAAAUGCUAGAGAAAUGACUGAAAAUUGUAAAAUCUAUUUGGAUGACAACAUUCUUUCAAAGCACCAAGAAUUCAGAACUCCUGCUACAGUUUGUAUGUAUGCUCCAAAUGUAGAUCUUUAACAUUGCUAAUCCCAAAAUGCCUAAUAGAGCCCAAUCCAAGGAAUAGUUUCCAAAUUGCCUUCAUUGCUUUCUGCACAGAACAGGAACAGAAUGAUCAAUGUCUAAGUUGACAUUGGAUGUUCAGUCUUCAGCUAGGGAAGCCAUAUAUGUAUACAAGACAGUAUGCUUGCUCUGCAGAGGAGGAAGCUCCCUCUUAGAUUCUUGCAGCUGUGGAGACCAAAUUCCAUUGGCCACUCUGCCAAGAAACCCACACUAUCAGACCCAGCAGUUUAAGCUGCACACCCAGUCUUCAGGCCAAUGUUAUGUACUGGAAUGAGCCCAGGUAGUUUACAUAUGCUGUCCUGAGUGAGGCAGGUAUUACUGACAUCAAUGAAAUCAAAGACCUUGAACAAGGAGUUUCCACUGAAGAGACAGAAGGAUCUGUUUAUUUAAAGUCUGUGAAAGGGGUUGUAUUGUUGGGCUCCAAGAAUCCCACUGCCCUGAUGUGGGAUUAAUUUAAAACAACCCAAAAGUACCCAAAGCUUUUAAAAGCACUAUCACCUUUAGCUGCACCUGUGAUACUGUCAAAACAAGUAACAUACUAUCAGGAGUUUAGUUCAAAUAGCUGGGUUUACUGUUUUAAGGCACUUUUAAAAAGGCAGGAUAGUUUUGGAUACCAGCUUUCCCUCCCUCCUUUGCCUCUUACAUUUGCCAGUUGCUUGUGUAAUCAAAUCUUUAGUUGUAUGCUUAAUUACUAUGUUAAAAUAUUCUAAAUGACUUUUUCCUCCUUCAGGAGGACAAGAGAGGGUCGUGAAUGUCCAAUAGCAUGUAAUAUUCUGUAUGUUGUUUGGGGUUGAACAUGAACCAACCUAAUGUAAUUCAUAGCUGCAUAAUGUAGAGAAAAACUUUCCUAGUGUUGUAGAUUUUACCUUUGUAAUUAGAAACUAUUCUUUUUAUAUAGUACAUUUUAUAAUACUUUUUUAACAAUUAAAGAUUCGAAUGACCUU